CUAUAUAAGCAGCCUGUGGACAGGAGCUGAUCACACACAUUCACUCCCGUCUGACAUUAGCAGGACUCACAGGUCACUGAGCAGCAACAUGGUCAAAUACUUUUCCGUGGACUGGCUGGCCCAGAGCCACAGCAACACGGCGCCCACCGAGGAUACCGCGCUGACCUGCAGACCCCACAUCCCCUGCGUGGUGCAACCGCGUCCCCCGACUUUUGGCAAAGGAUACCUCCAGCCAAAACCCAAACCAUCCAGACCCGUGGAACAUAUGGAGCCAGUGGAUAUCAACGGGCCUCUGAGCUCACCCGUCCAUUCAUCAAACUGCUCCUCACCAAUUUCAGAAAUCAGCGGCUACUCAUCGGGGUACGAGAGCGAAGCAGCUUCUUCAGAGUGUCUCUCCGUGGAUGAGGGAAGCGAGGCGGAGAAAGACGGACCUCAGCGCCGGAUGCGCACAAAGUUCAGCCAGGAGCAGAUCAGCAAACUGGAAAAGAUCUUCAACAAGCACAAGUACCUGGACGCUGGAGAGAGAGUGAAGACUGCGCGGAAGCUGAACCUCACAGAAACUCAGGUUCGGACGUGGUUUCAGAACAGGAGGAUGAAGCUGAAGCGGGAGGUGCAGGACUACCUCGCUCCCCAAGUGUCACCGGUCAUGUUCCAGUCAAUGCCCCCGGCUCAGUACCACUGCCUGGCCGGACAGCGGCCCCUCUACCCUCCUGCCGGCCCCGCUUUCUACCCGCUCCCCCCUCAGAUGGUCCUGCAGCAGCCGAUGCUCCAACACCCCCCUCCUCAUCAUCACCUCAUGAUCAACAAUCCCCAUUUCUACUGAGGACCCGAAAACUACUGAGACUUUUCCCACC